AAAGAGUUAAAUCUUGAUGCACCCCAGGGUGGAAUUCAAAGAAGCAAACCUGAAACUCCAAAGCAGAGAGCCAAGUGGGGAUUUGUGCUGGAGACGGGAAGGUGUGCUCCCAUCAUGCGAUGAUCUGUGUGUGUACAUGGAACACACAACGACAAUAGAACAUUCUCCUCCCUCCCCUCUGGUCGUUGCAUGAAAUCUACGAGAAGUGGAUCAGCUCAGAGGAUCUGUGGGGUCACAAUAACUCUUCCUGCCCCUACCCCAGAAAGCAGAGCCGGGCGCAGCCGGGGGCAGUAGCAGCAGCAGCAUGCCGAGGAGGAAGCAGCAAGCUCCGAGGAGGGCAGCAGCGUACGUGUCUGACGAACUGAAGGCGGCAGUACUUGUCGACGAUGAUGUGGAGACGGAAGACGGCGCGGUGGAUGGCGAACCGUCUGCAAAGUACAUGUGUCCUGAUAAAGAGUUCGCAAAGAACUCCCCCAGCUACCAACACUCACCGGUGGGGGAAUUUUCCAGCCAUGAAAUGGACAGUGAUUCUCACGUCAGCGAGACCAGCGACCGCAUGGCCGACUUUGAAAGCGGUUCCAUCAAAAACGAAGAGGAAACAAAAGAGUCGCUGGUUCCCCUCGAAGAUUCGAAUGUCUCCGACAGCUUGGAACAGAUGAAAGCCGUAUACAACAACUUUCUCUCCAACUCAUACUGGUCCAACCUUAGCCUGAAUCUUCACCAGUCGACUUCGGAAAAGAACAAUGCCAGCAGUAGCAGCAGCAGCAGCAGUAGCAGCAGCUGUGGAAGCGGAAGCUUCGACUGGCAUCAGACAGCGAUGGCUAAAACGCUGCAACAAGUGUCCCAGAGCAGGGCUCUGCCAGAGCCAAGCCUUUUCAGCACCGUCCAGUUAUACAGACAGAGCAGUAAGUUGUACGGGUCGAUCUUCACUGGGGCCAGUAAGUUUCGCUGUAAAGAUUGCAGCGCUGCUUACGACACAUUAGUAGAACUGACCGUUCACAUGAAUGAAACAGGACAUUACAGAGAUGACAACCACGAAACUGAUAACAAUAACCCCAAACGCUGGUCUAAGCCACGUAAACGCUCUUUACUUGAAAUGGAAGGAAAGGAAGAUGCUCAAAAGGUAUUAAAAUGCAUGUAUUGCGGUCAUUCUUUUGAAUCUCUGCAGGACUUGAGUGUUCAUAUGAUUAAAACAAAACACUACCAAAAAGUGCCUCUCAAAGAACCCGUCACUCCCGUAGCAGCAAAAAUUGUCCCAGCGUCUAGAAAAAAACUCUCUUUAGAACUUGAUCUUCCGAGUUCUCCUGAUUCUGCAGGGGGGACGCCAAAAGCAACACUUUCAGAUGCAAAUGAUGCCUUGCAAAAGAAUUCAAACCCAUAUAUCACACCAAAUAACCGCUAUGGGCACCAAAACGGUGCCAGCUAUGCCUGGCAUUUUGAAGCACGAAAGUCUCAGAUACUUAAGUGCAUGGAAUGUGGCAGUUCCCAUGACACUCUGCAGGAGCUCACGGCCCACAUGAUGGUCACGGGUCACUUUAUAAAAGUGACAAAUUCUGCACUGAAGAAAGGAAAGCCAGUUUUAGAGGCGCCGGCGACCCCGACAUCUUUGCUGGAUGAAAAGGUACAGUCGGUGCCACUGGCUGCCACCACAUUCACACCUCCUGCUAAUAACAGUUUGUCUCUCUCCCCUAAGUUAUGUGUGGACAUUAAAAAGGAAGUUGAUAAAGAUAAGGGGGUCACAGAAGACAAGAUCAAAGAUAAGGAGAAGUCAAGCGAAGAAGAAGAAAAGUUUGAUGUCCCUUCAAAAUACCAUUACCUGACUGAAAACGACUUAGAAGAGAGCCCUAAGGGCGGACUAGACAUACUCAAAUCCUUGGAAAACACUGUAACGUCUGCUAUAAACAAAGCUCAGAAUGGCACCCCGAGCUGGGGAGGAUACCCUAGCAUACAUGCUGCUUACCAGCUUCCUAAUAUGAUGAAGUUGUCAUUAGGUUCCUCAGGGAAAAGUACCCCAUUAAAGCCGCCGUAUGGAAGCAGUGAAGUUUUGUCGCCUACCAAAAAUCAGCCUCUGGUGUCGCCACUCAGCAAUCAGAGCUCACCUGUGCCAAAAACUAACUUCCACGCAAUGGAGGAAUUGGUCAAGAAAGUCACAGAGAAGGUAGCCAAGGUGGAAGAAAAAAUGAAGGAACCAGAUGGGAAAUUUUCGCCGAUUAAACGAGCGACACCAUCUCCCAGCGACAGCGAUAUGAGCGAGCCGCUAAAGGACGAUGCAUCCAGUGAAACGCUCUUCAAAAGCCAGCAGAACAGUCCCAUGCCGCAAAAAGACACCUCUAAGGAAAACACAGUCCUCGAACCGGUGGAAAACGGAAAAGAUCACGUAAACUCAAUAAUAGGCACCUUAAGUAGCAGUACUGCCAUAAUAACGGACCAUCCUCCUGAGCAGCCCUUCGUCAAUCCACUAAGCGCGUUGCAGUCCGUCAUGAAUAUCCACUUGGGGAAGGCAGCUAAACCGUCCCUACCGGCACUGGAUCCCAUGAGCAUGCUAUUUAAAAUGAGUAACAGCUUGGCGGAAAAGGCUGCGGUGGCUACUCCACCAGUCCAAGCCAAAAAAACAGACCACUUAACAGACCGUUAUUUUUAUCAUGUCAACAAUGACCAGCCCAUAGAUUUGACGAAAGGGAAGAGUGACAAAAACUGCUCUUUGGCUUCAGCGCUUUUGUCAUCUACGUCGACAUCGUCUGCAUCUUCUUCAUCUACUGUGACAACGGCAAAGACAUCUGCAGUCGUGUCAUUCAUGUCAAACUCACCGCUGCGCGAGAAUGCCCUGUCAGAUAUUUCUGAUAUGCUGAGGAACUUGACAGAAAGCCACACAUCAAAGUCUUCUACACCUACCAGUAUAUCUGAGAAGUCUGACAUUGAUGGUACCACAAUAGAGGAACCAGAGGAAAACACACCAGCUCAGAAAAGAAAGGGUCGUCAAUCCAACUGGAACCCACAGCACUUGCUGAUUCUUCAGGCCCAGUUUGCGGCCAGCUUGCGACAGACCUCAGAGGGAAAAUAUGUCAUGUCAGACUUGAGUCCUCAAGAAAGGAUGCACAUUUCAAGGUUCACGGGACUUUCCAUGACCACAAUUAGCCACUGGCUCGCCAAUGUGAAGUACCAGCUACGAAGGACCGGGGGGACAAAGUUCCUUAAGAAUUUAGACACUGGGCACCCGGUGUUUUUUUGUAACGAUUGUGCGUCUCAAAUCAGGACUCCCUCUACGUACAUCAGUCACCUUGAAUCUCAUCUAGGUUUUCGGAUAAGGGAUUUGUCUAAACUAUCCAGCGAACAGAUACACAAUCAAAUAGCACAAACAAAAUCCCCCUCUGAUAAACUGGUGGUAUCGUCUGCAGAAGAAGAGACGGGGACUUCUUACCAAUGCAAACUCUGCAAUCGGACAUUUGCCAGCAAGCACGCCGUGAAACUUCAUUUAAGUAAAACACACGGAAAGUCUCCAGAGGAUCACCUCCUCUAUGUGUCCGAACUGGAAAAACAGUAGUAUUUGCUUUUUUUUAACACAAUAAACUGUAUUUUGCUUUGAGGAAAACCAACAAGAAAAAGCCUUAAAGCUACAGUGUACAUUUUGGCACAUGUUUUAUCUCUGGAGAAUCACUCUGGGAUCUGAUUUUUUAAUUUGUAAAACAGUUUAAUAGAGGAGCAUAAUCAGCUGUGGCUGCUGGUAUAAUAUGAAGGUUACAAUGCAGUGGAAAGUGUUUGGUACUCAUCUAAAUUGGAUCAGAGCUGUGCAUUCUCUAAUGCGCCAAGCUGCAUGAUUUAACCGACACGCAUUUCUAUUUACAGCUGGUACACGUUUUCAUUUGACUUAAUGUGUGCUAGUAUUUUUCAGCCUUUAGCCCUCUGAGUACUUUGGAGCACUCUUACCUUAAACGGUCUUUUAUAAUACGUGUAAAUAUAUAUGUGUAUAUAUAUAUAUAAAUAAAUAUAAAAUAAAAUGUACUCGGUAGAGUUCCGCUUAAGAACUUUGCCAAACAGCCCUACAGAAGUUCCAUUCACAAUGCAGAAGCCUUUACCUCCCACAGGGGUGAGCCGCGCAUUGCCAAGCAGUGUGCUGCCAGCUCCUAUGCCAGAGCAGGGGUUAAAAUGAUGUAUAUAAUGUAUAGAACUGCAUUAUGAAAAUUGUGGUUGAUGUUCAUGGAAUUGUAUUUCCCCUUUGGCAUUUUUACUAGUGUUUCUUUUUGUUUAUUUUUGGUAUCAGAUGCAGUAUGCCUCUUUUACAUAAUCUGUGCCUAUGUAUAGUGUAUAUUUGGAUUUGGUUUACUUUUUACUUCUUCAGUGCCAGACAAAAUGUUUUGUUUUGUUUUUUAAAUGCCCGAGCAUUGUAAAUUUAUUCGAUGAAUACAACAAAUAGUCUUUAUAAAAUAUUCAAAAAACUAUUAUUCUAAAACAAAAAAGCUAUAGUUGUUUUACUAUUACAUCUAUAUUGUUAGAAGUUCAUGUUUAAAUUAUACAUAUUUAUUAGCGGAGCGAUAUCACGUGUUUCGGACACAAGCUGCGGGACUCCCGGCCUGGCUAAUUCUCUUAACGAUUUUGCACAAUGUGACUUAAAAGAAAAAAAUCAAACAAAACUAUUUAUUAUGGCAACACAAAGAAACUCUCAGCGUUUCUCAGUGCUCAAAGGGUUAAAACUAUUUCAAGAAAAAAGUACUGUAUUUCCCAAGAAUUGCUGAUCUUUAGAACAAAAAGAAUAAAGAAAUGUUUGUAUUAGAAUCCUUUGCGUAACUUUAAGAGGCAUUCUGUAAUAUAACCUCUUACUUAUUUAUGGUUGUUCUGCUUAUUGUAGAAUGCCUUUUUAUUUCUUUAACUUUUUCAGGUUUUGUUCUGCCUAAUUAUUUUCCCAAGAUGCCAUACUGGAGCAUUAUGUUAAGGCAUAUGAAAGGUAACCCGUGGUUACCGGCGCACUAAGUCGUUCUGUUCGUCUCCUUUUUGGCAGUUAAUUUGCAGAAGUAACUGACAGCUGACACAUACAAGGAACCUGUGUAUAAAGUAUUGGCAUGUAAACAGCACAGACACUGCAAUGCACUCUGUGUCCUCCUUUUGUUGGUGACAAUGAAGUUCCAUUAUAUGAUUCUUCAUAUAACCUUUUUUCUACAACAGCAUUAAAAUUGUUUUCUUUUGCUAAAAAAA